AAAUGCAAAUGUUUUUCACGUGGCGAGGGAAAUGAUAUUUGGUUCGCCGUCACGGUGCCUUUGCGUUGCAGAAUAAGUGACCUGACGCAAUGCAAUCACUUCUUUCUCUGACAACCACUAUUCAUGGCUGGCUUACAUAUUUUUCACUUACAGUUGUCGUCCAUUGACAGAGGAAGGGUGAAAGAAUUCUUCAAUCACCGUGUUUUAUUUGGUUUUUGUUAGUUUGGGAAAAAAAAAAUGCCGGCUGUGACGGGUCGCAUCGACGAGGAGAACGUGACUGAAGGCACAGGAAAAUUACACUGCCCUCAUAUGCGAGAGAACACAGACCCCGACACACCACAGAUAGAAGAAAAGAAAGAAAAAGAAAUCAAAGAGCAGGCUACUCAAUUGGACGAGACAGGAACUAAAGAUAAUGUUAUUCAGUCUGGAACAGUUAAUUUGCAUUUUUUGAUUCCUGGGACUAGUGAACCCAUUUCUGCCACAUUUUCUCUUCAAGACAAUGUCCAGGAUCUUCGACAAAUUGUUCUUGAUCGGCCAGAGAGCUGUUAUAGGACUUGCUUUUCCCUACAAAUGGAUGGUGUACGAUUGGAUGACUUUGCAGAACUACACAUGAUUGAGGGUCUGAAAGAUGACACCACCAUUAAAGUUGUAGAAGAACCUUAUUCAGUGAGAGAAGCCCGAAUACAUCUUCGACGAAUUAAAGAUCUUCUUAGUACAAAUUUCCAUUUGAAUGCGUAUUCUGCCGUGGACCAUCUAUCUUUGUCCUUCUUGUCUGCUGUUGCUGGUGUUGAUGUGGAAGAGGAAGUUGUGCGUGUCAAAGGACAGAAUGUUGGAACAGUUUCCACUGAAGAAUGUCUCCCUCCGGCUCAAGUGUUUGCAUCAGAAGAGGUUCCUUCCCUUUUGGAACCACUCUUUCCUGCUAAUGCAGAACCAAAGGUUCCACAAUGUGUAAAGGAUCUGUCUCCCAGUGCAUGGAACCCUCCACCAGGAGGCAGAAGACUUGCAGGUGACCUGCUUUAUAUUGAUGUUGUAACACUAGAAGAUGUUCAGGUUAACAUAACUGCGUCAACGUGUGGAUUUUUUGUUAACAGAACACAUGAUGGUGUAUUUAAUCCUCAGCCCCACAGUGAGCCAUGUCGUUCUCACACACUUGUAGGACUUUUAAAUCAGGUAAGCUUCUACGUCUACAGCUUUCACUGUAAUACAGUGAACAUUCAUAUGCUGAAUGUUUUGAAUAAAACCACUAGUAGAGGUGUAGUGGCCUCAUGGCUACUAGUCACUUCAUGCUACAGAAACCGGGAUAACUUGAAGCUCUGGCCUGAUGGCCUACUUGGCUCAGGUCUAGACUUUGAUUACAACCUUUUUUACCACUGGCUUUUCCAGGUUCCACAAUGUGUAAAGGAUCUGUCUCCCAGUGCAUGGAACCCUCCACCAGGAAGCAGAAGACUUGCAGGUGACCUGCUUUACAUUGAUGUUGUAACGCUAGAAGAUGUUCAGGUUAACAUAACUGCGUCAACAUGUGGAUUUUUUGUUAACAGAACACAUGAUGGUGUAUUUAAUCCUCAGCCCCACAGUGAGCCAUGUCGUUCUCACACACUUGUAGGACUUUUAAAUCAGCUGAGUCCCAUGUUUAGGAAAUACUUUGCCCAGCUGCAAAAGACAAGGUUUGAAUGUGGCCUUUUGUUUUUUUUUUUAAGUAAGGUUUAUAAUACACUGGUUUGUAUUUCAUCUUGUUCUCAGCUCCGUGACUGGAAUGAAGAACUGCAGUCUGCUAGAGAGUUACCAAAGGAAACCAUGCAACAGAGACUGUUAAGAGACAGGGCAAUUUUUAAGAUCACAAGUGAUUUUGUGUCAGCUGCCACCCGGGGAGCUGUCGCUGUUAUUGAUGGAAAUGUGAUGGCUAUUAAUCCUGGGGAGGAUGAGAAGAAAAGAAUGUUCAUCUGGAACAACAUUUUCUUUAGCUAUGCAUUCGACAGCCGAGAUCACUUCCAAGGUGUGGGAGGUGAUGAAGCUGCAUAUGCUGCUGCUGGUGGUGAUCUCAGAGGAGUGAUGGCAUAUAACAGAUUAGAUACACAGGGUCUUUUUACUCUUAGCACAGUCAUUGUAGACUACAGGGGCUACAGAGUCAUCGCUCAGUCAAUUAUUCCAGGUAUACUUCAGCGAGAGCAAGAGCAAUCAGUUGUUUAUGGUUCUAUUGACUCAGGAAAAAACAUUUCAAGUCAUGAGAAAUUCUUGGAGCUGCUCUACAAGGCUGGCAAAUCUAUAAGAAUAAGACCACACAAGGUUCUUAACUCUGAUUGUGAAGAAGUUGAACUUUGCUCAUCAGUAGAAUGCAAGGGCAUCAUAGGAUCAGAUGGACGACACUAUAUUUUGGAUCUCUUCAGAACUUUUCCACCAGAUGUUAAUUUUCUUGGAGAAAGUAAUCAAGCUCCUGAUAACAACGAUGACAAAGAGGCUAAAUCAAUGUUUCCUCGGCCUUAUAAACACAAGCUAUGUUGUUUGAGACCUGAGCUUAUUGAGGGGUUCAUUGCGUUGCGAUAUGUACUUUUCCUUAAGCUGGUCGCCAUGCAUGUGUCAGCAGCUAAACAGAAGGAAAUGCAGAACAAGAAUGACGAGAAGCCUGUAGAUGACCCAGAUGCUGAGAAGUCUGAAUGCCCGUACAAAAAUGGACAAAACAGUGAUGGUAAUGACUCCAAGGGAAGCACUAAAUUAGAAGAAGUUGUAAAAGAAGCUGAGGAAGCUACAACACUAUCACAAGAAAAUACCACAGAUGCAAUCAAGUCGGCAUCCAAGGCAGUUGGGUCAAUCAAUGAAGCAGAGUUUGAUGUAAGAUUUAAUCCUGACAUCUAUGCCCCUGGUACAAAGCAUGCUCCAUCUGAGGAGGCUGCGUUAUCUUGUGAUAAACUGCUGGUCCAGGAUGCAUCUGACUUUUUAGUGGAAACUGUCAUAAUAAAAAUGGUGGAGGAUUUUAUAAGUUUAUCCCAGACACCACUAGAUGGUUCACAAUUAACAGACAUCAUGCACAGUAGGGGAAUCAACAUGAGGUACUUAGGAAAAGUUGCAUCAAUUUUAUCUCUGCGAGCAGAUCUAGAACAUGUACAUGUAAGUGUUUUAUUUACAAGCAAUCAUUUGUUUUCCAAGGCCAUCAAUAAGAAGAAAAAGAGUAAAAAGAAGCCACUGAAGACAGGAAAUGGAGCCUCCACUGUUGCCUGGGCAACCCUGACCCCGGAGGAGCUGUGGAAAUUAAUUGCUGAUGACACAGAAAAGCAGUUUGGAUUUGAACUGAACUGCAAAAACAGUGAUGAAGUUUUCCUUAAGUAUCGCAUUCACAGAAUUGCCUUGCUUAGGUCAUUCUGUUUAAAAACAGGUGUCCAGAUCUUGUUACGGGAGUAUGAUUUUGAGAGCAGAAAACACCCAACAUUUACAGAGGAUGAUAUCAUGAAUCUGUUUCCAAUAGUGAAACACACCAACCCUAAGGCAUAUGAUGCAUCAGCUAUAUUUGAGGCUGCACAAGGUCGGCUUCAAGGAGGUCUUCUUGGAGAAGCCCAUGAACUUAUGGUGGAAGCUCUCAAUCUUUUCCAUCAAGUAUACGGUCCUUUACAUGCAGACAUUGCUACCUGCUACAGGGCGAUUGCAAGACUCCAUUACUUAGCAGAAGAUGCAGUACAGGCUGUGAGCUAUCAGAAGAAGGCUGUGAUAGUCUGUGAGAGGGUAUUUGGUGUGGAUCAUCCUGAUACAAUCAUUGCAUUUGUUCACCUUGCUCUUUACUGCCACAAUGCCGGCCUGGCAUCUGUCGCAUUAAAACUGAUGUACCGAGCAAGAUAUUUGGCGCUAGUAGUGUAUGGAGAAGGACAUCCUGACAUGGCUACUUUUGAUAGCAACAUUGGUCUUAUCCUCCAUGGGCAGAGGGAAUUCAAGAUAUCUGAGAAGUUUCUUGAAAAAGCUCUGGAUGUUCAGCUAAAGUAAGCUUUGCUAUACAUGUCGAUGACCAUACAUUUUCAGCAUUUCAUGCAACUUGAAGUGAACCUACCCUUCAAUCAGUAGUGAUAAUACUAUUGUCAUUAUUUAAGCUGUUCUUGAAGCUAGUUUAAAUAAAUAGAUAAAUAAAUGAAUACAUGUACCACUGAAUGACAGUUGAGAUUGUCUUGAUGUACAACCAAAUUCUGAGAAUGAACAUUAAAACAUUGCAAAGAAUAGAGCAGUUUUCACUUAAGUGGCGAAAGCAAUCAGAGUGAAGCCAUGGAAAGUUAACCGCCUUCCACAUGAACAGGACUUGAAAAAAGUGCAGUCUGGUCGUCCGGGACAAGGAGAUAUUUCUUCUGGGCAGGUAACAUUUUAUUCUCACUUGCCCGUGGGCAAGGGAUCAGGCAAGUCAUCUGCCGACUAAAUCAUUAGGCAAAGGCAAACUAAGAGUUGUCCAGGACAAGCAAAAUUCGAGAGCUACUUUUUAAGGGCCUGGAAGAAAUCACAUUUUUUAUGUGGCUAAAUAUCAUUUAGGCAAGGUUAAACUUGAGCUAAUGCAGCCAGCUAGCGUGCCCAUCCAGCUAAUAU